GGUGGAGAAGGUGGAGGAGUUCAGGUACCUGGGGUCAACAGUAAAAAUAAAGAGUGCAGGCAGGGUGGAGUGGGUGGAGAGGAGUUGCAGGAGUGAAUUGUGAUAGAAAAAUAUCUGCAAGACCCCUAGUGGGAGAAGCCGAAAGAAGAAUGGGAAGAAGUUAAUGUUUGUUUUACUUGCUGAAUCAGUCAUAUUUUGUGGUCAUAUUUCAUAGUCUUGCCAGAGCCCCUGCUUGCACUCUGUUAAUAAUUAUCACACAGUAAUAAUCAAGCAUAAUAAAAUGUGUUUCUCUCUAUCUUUUUAUCUUUCUCUCUUACUCUUCCCCAACUCCACACCCUUUUUUCUUUCUGACUCUUUUAAGCUGCACAUGCUCCUGAAAUACCAUUGAUCCUCUCCAUUUCUGCUCUCCAGAACUCCCUGAUCCAUUCUGAUAUCCAGUUUGUUGAGUUUUUAUCAAGUCGAAGUAACUCACUGCUGCAGAGGAUGGCCCCACAUGAACAGCCUACAUAUACAAAAGAAUGCACUGUAUAGUUCCACUUAAGUAUCUUGGAAAUGGAUUUGAACUGUAAUUAUAUGACCAGUUUGCUGCAAUGAUUUAAGACUACAACUGCCAUGAACAGUUUUAUGCUGGUGUUCAUUAGUGAACAGGUAAUAAUAACAACAAUGAUAAAACUAUAAUGAAUGGAUAUUCAGUGAGACCCAGAUGAACCAGAUGGGUCUUGUUCCUAUGGGUCAUCUGGUUUCUUGCUAAUAUUAUCUCAGGGAGUUUUUCUUACCCCUGUCACCUCUUAUAAGCUUAUUAGGGAUAAACUUACAUUGACUAAUUUAUGAAUUGUAUGAGAUUAAUAUUCUUAAUCUAUUUAUUUUUCUAAAGCUAUUUUGCGACAAUGCAGUAAAAAUUGUAUUAACUUUACCUCAAUCAGUAAAAAUACUUUCGCUUACAUUUUAAUGAUGGUGUUAAAGGUGUGCACAUUCAAAUUGACAGAAUUAAGUUGAUGUCAGUAGUUUCUGGUGUGAAUAGCCUUCAAGAGAAACGUUUUACUUGAGCUUCUCUAACAAAGGUAAAUGUAGCUUCAUUACAGGAUUUAUAGGGACUUCACUGCUGUCUUCAUAAUACCAUAUGCACAAUAUUGAUGCAUAUGUGGGUCAAAAGUCCAAUAGACCAUAAGAUUGAAGAUAAGAACCAUAUAAAUCCCACCCACCCACACACAUGCAUGCACACAAAACCAUUUAAGAUGAACAUGCAAAAUGCCGCACUUCGGAGGGCAGCAAAAGUACCACUGAAGAUCAUUUUUGGGUGGAUCAUCAUCAUUGGACUUUUCAUUCUGAUGUAUUUGCUCCUUCAAUUGAAAAAUGAACAGAAUAACAUUCCCUUGUUGGAUAAAGGGGGAAAAAAGCCUUUGAUGGCAUGUGGCAUGACAGUGCAAAAUGAUCCAAUCAUUAAAGUCGGCAAUCUGAACACGUACCUGGUCAGCUCCUACAUAGAGCACCGCCAAAAGGAGAAAAUGAUACGGACAAUCGCUAUAGUGCUUCGUAGUGAAAACCCAGAGUAUCACUGCUUGUUGUGCUGCAAUAAACAGAACAUAUCUGUAAAUGCUACAUAUGACAUUCACUCUGACCACUUUGGCUUUGAAUACGGCACGGCUGAUAUUACCUGCAAUAUACCAGACAUGUGUACAAAACCAACACAUGUGGCAAUCACUUACCGAUCACCUAAAGAGGAUGAAUCCUCGCAGGACAUUCACAUCUUACAGCCUGUUAGGAAUCAACAGAAACAGGAAGUCUUUCCUUAUGAGUUCACUGUUUGCAUUUCUGCCAUGUUUGAUUAUUGGAAUGUGUUGAUGCUUGUGCAGGCCAUGGAGAUGUAUAAGAUACUCGGUGCCCAGAAGGUAGCGAUUUACAAAACCAACUGCGAUAAAGAUAUACAGAAGGUUCUGGAUUACUACGUCAGGCAACAAUUUGUGGAGAUCAUACCCUGGACAAUAGCAUCUUACAUCAAUGUGUCCAGAGGCUGGCAGAAGUCUGUAUCACCAGGAGAGCUGCAUUACUUUGGUCAAAUUGCAGCACUUAAUGACUGUGUGUAUCGUUACAUGUACCAGAGUCACUAUGUAGCUAUGCAAGACUUGGAUGAAUUCAUACUUCCUCUUAAGUUUAAAAACUGGACAGAACUUUUUCCUGAAUUACACAAGAAAUACCAUAAUUUUGGUGGCUUUGAGUUUGAGAAUAAUUAUUUCCCCCUUACCAUCAAUGAUUCAGACUCUAAAUACUCACCAGACUACUGGAAGAAGUUUGCAGGAGACAACAUUUUAGAACAUAUUUAUAGAAUAAAAAAUGAUCCAAAAAAAUAUAGUGAGUUCAAAAUCAUUGCUGAUCCUCGUUUAGUGUAUAGGACUUCAGUCCAUGGACUUUUGCAUUUCAUAAAGCCUAGCGUGAGAGUGGAUUCUCAGAUUGCUCGCAUGUAUCACAUUCGAAAUGUUCCAAAGGAAAAGGAGGCACUACAAUCCCAAAUACAGGACACACAUCUCAGGGACUAUGCAGACAGUCUGAUCCCCGCUGUUUCCAAAGUCCUUAAACAAGCACUGGAUACAGAGCAAAUUUCAGAACCUUGACACUGUAAACAUUUUAUGAUGCAGUCUACCAAUGAUAAAUAGACUCUUAAAAAAUCUAAAAGACUAUUUGUUUAUCUGACAUACACUGUAAAAGCCUUUGUAAAAAAUUUUCAAUUAAAUAUGUUUGUGUAAAUUUACAGUAAAAUCCAAGCAGUUGGGUUGCCAACUGUACUUUUGUUGAACUACUACUAUAAACACUAAUUAGAGUAGAAUACUGUUUUUUCCAUAUACAGUAUUCUACUGUUAUAUCAUUGCAUUUUACAUUAUUAAACUAUGCGGUUUACAGCAGUAUAUUGCAUAUUUACAGGGGAAUAAUGCAUAUAUGCACGUCUACAUUUAUUUUUGUCAUUUAAAUCAUACUAUUGUAAAUGUUCUG